UUCACAUCGACUCCAUUUGGCGUCAAACGCAUAACGUUGAUCACCGUAACUCCCAGAUCAACGCCACGAUGUCCGGAGGUUUAGAUGUACUCACCCUGAAAGAGGAAGAUGUUACCAAAUUCCUUGCUUGUGGCACCCACCUUGGGGCAAACAAUACUGACUUCCAAAUGGAGCAAUAUGUCUUCAAGCGGAAGGCUGAUGGUGUCCACAUCAUCAAUUUAAGAAAGACUUGGGAGAAGCUAUUGUUGGCAGCUCGUGCCAUCGCUGCUAUUGAGAACCCAGCAGAUGUUUGUGUGAUUUCUGCCAGACCUUAUGGCCAGAGGGCUGUUCUCAAGUUUGCUUCUGCUACUGGUGCUACACCUAUUGCUGGCAGAUUCACACCUGGAACUUUCACCAAUCAGAUCCAGGCUGCCUUCCGUGAGCCCCGUCUCCUGGUAGUGACCGACCCACGUACUGAUCACCAGCCAGUAACUGAGGCAUCUUACGUCAACAUCCCUGUCAUUGCCCUUUGUAACACUGACUCGCCACUCAGACAUGUGGACAUUGCUAUCCCAUGCAACAACAAGGGACCCCAGUCUAUUGGUCUUAUGUGGUGGCUGUUGGCUCGUGAGGUUCUGAGGCUGCGAGGCACCAUUAGCCGUGAACACCCAUGGGAGGUCAUGGUUGAUUUGUACUUCUAUAGGGAUCCAGAAGAGGCUGACAAGGAAGAACAGGCAGUAGAGAAGGCCCCAGCUGCCAAGGAUGAGCAGGAACAAUGGAUCGAGAGUCAGGUGCCAAUGCCUACCCAGCCAGAAAGCAUCAAUGAUUGGGCUGCUGAGGCUAUUCCAGUGACUGCCCCAGCAUCUACUCCUGGCUUUGGUGCCACCGAUGAUUGGUCUGCUUCACCUGCCCAAGACUGGUCAGCAGCUGCCCCAGGUGGUCCCACCACUGGUACAGCAAGCAGUGUUGUUGCACAGUCCUCUGCUCCUCCUUCUUCCAUGGAUGAGUGGGGAGGCACUGCUGCCGACAACUGGGGAUAAGAAUAUUUGUGAAGGACAAAUCCAGGCUGGUCAGCUGUUAGAUUUUCACGGACACUGAUCAUGGAUGUUCUCAUGGUAGAACUUCACACAAAAAAUAAAUUUGAAAAAAUGAC